GACUCCUCUUAGGAGAGGGGAGGAGGAGCAGCCCGGGUCCCCAGAAUCCUUUGCUGGUGGGGAUGGGGCCCUUUCUCUUCUGCCAGGCAGAGCUACCUCUGCUGAAUGGCCAUCUAAGGUUCACACAGCCAGCUGGUCGGGGGCGUGGGGGUCGGGGAUGGGCAGGUAGAAACCCACAGGAUCUACUGACUCCCCAGUGGCUGGCACGUUGUAGGUACUUAAAUACCGGUUGAAUACAUGAGUGAAUGGGUUUUUCACAUUCCUGCAAAUGAAAGGCUACUAGGAACCUAACACUAGUCAGCUGGAUUCUUUUACCCAUGGCCAACCAAUUGUGAUAGUGCAAACAAAACCUCUUCCAAAUGGUCUUGUUUGCUCCAGAGAAGCGGUUGGCAGAGGGCACUUUGCUUCAAGCAGGCUGGCCCAAGCGUGAAGGUCACCUUUUCUUUCUGGCAAAAAGAGCCCGGAGUGGUAAGCAUAGAAACUGGCCUGGCCUGGGACACUGUGCUUGUGGAGCUGCAGAAGGAGCCCAUGACUUCUCUCCUGCCCAGCGUUCUGUACGAGACUGAAGGCAGGGCUCCUGCUCCAAGCAAGGACUUCCACCACCUGGCCAUCACCAAAACUGAGGUUAUCUGGAAGUCAUGGAUGGUUUCUCUCCGCCCAGACCAAGAAAAAAUGCUCCCAAGAGAGGAGAGGCAUAACCUUGCCAGCAGAAUAAUACAGUGUCAAGCUUGUGGAAUGCCUAUAGGAAGAAAAGUCAUGGGAAAAACCUGUAAGUUCUUCCAGGGUUCUUCAAGUGUAGCUAUCUCUCUGAAUGGUUGAGAAGCUCUGGAUCUGUGAACUGACCAUAGUCUAGAAAUUGGUCAAAAGGCCAUGUCUCUCUUUCAUGGUGGCUCAAGUCAGGCCUGGGUUCACAAGACCUGAGAUGGGCGUUAGCUCUGCAGAUCAAGCAGGAAUCUAAUGCGUAGUUCACCCACUCCAGCCCCA